AUGGGCUCCGAAGGUCCAAUUCCCGGGAAAGGCUAUGGAGGGGGCGACAUCUUCGUUGGUGGUGCUCGGCCGUUUGGCGUAACAAAGGUUGGGAUUGAUACAACGGCUGCAAAUUGGUCGAUUGCGGUGCUCAACGGAGGUUGGACUCCUGAUGGCAAUGUCACCGCCAUUAGCAUGAUGCAUGAGAGCGGGACUGGGGGCGCACCAAAAUAUGGGAUCAUUCCGCAAAUGCCUCUCACCAACGUGGCUUUUCCGGUGAACGUACUUGAUAAUCUUACCUAUAGUCAGCCCAGAAUUGGUCAAGAUACCGCCAGUGUGGGUUAUUUCGAAACCCAGUUACAGAAUGGCGUUCAAGUAGAGAUAUCAGCAUCCCGUCACGCCGGGAUAAUGCAGUACUCUUUUCCAAAGGGCGAAAAGCAUGUUUUAGUCGAUAUCUCACAUUACCUUCCCGGAUCACCGGGUGACCCGAAUGGCCAAUUUUAUAUUGGUGGAGAGAUUCAGCUCCAUGGCAAUGGUGGAGCAUAUAGUGGAUAUGGAACAUACAUUGGCGGUUGGAACAAUGGCGCUCCUUUCACCGUCUACUUUUACGGGGAAUUCUCUGAACACCCGGAAUCUGCUACUACAUUUACAGGUAGAAACACCGAUCCAAUGAGACAAUAUCAGACCUUAUCAAACGGAGGCAUGAGUUAUCCACUAUACGUGAACACGUCAGACAAGGCAAGCUCAGGGCCCAUGAAUGAUCGGAUAGGUGCGCUCUUUAGCUGGAAGAGUGGACCAGAGUCACAGAUCCGCUCAAGGGUAGGCAUUUCUUUUAUAUCUACCGAAAAAGCUCGUUCUUAUAUUCGAUCCGAAAUCCCAUCCUGGGAUCUUAACGAUACGGUGAAGUCGGCAAUAGAGGAAUGGAAUCGAGAUGUCUUUAGUAAACUCAGGGUGCCCCUUGAUAGUACCAUAAACCAGACAAAUGUGCGGUUGUUGUAUAGCUCCCUGUACUUCAUUCACUUGAUGCCUUCCGAUCGAACGGGAGAGAACCCGCUUUGGCAUUCGGAGGAGCCUCUUUGGGAUGACUUCUACACUCUUUGGGAUAUCUUCCGUUGCACGGUUAGCUUCUACCAUAUUUUUCAGCCUACUUACUACGAGUCGAUGACCCGGGGUCUUAUAGACAUUUGGAGACACCAAGGCUUUUUGCCGGACGGACGCUCAGGAAAUUGGAACGGGCUAGUCCAAGGAGGCUCAAAUGCUGAUAACAUGUUAGCUGAUGCAUACGUGAAAGGCCUACGUGGUGCAAUCAACUGGACGGAUGGUUAUGCAGCAAUGAAGACGAAUGCCGAGGUUAUUCCGUACAAUACAUAUGAUCCCACAGACUUCUCUGCAAGUACGAAGGAAGGACGAGGUGCCCUGGGAGAUUGGAUUGAGCUGGGAUAUGUUUCUCAAGACCGGAGCACACGCUGCAUUUCCAGGACAGUUGAGUAUAGCCUCAAUGAUUUUGCUCUCAGUCAAGUCGCAGCAGGCGAAAUGCCUAGCGAUCGGGAGAAGUACCUCAACCAGUCUGCAGGGUGGCAGAAGAUCUGGGAUCCAGACGUGCAGAGUUUGAAUUUUACGGGGUUUUUAGCGCCAAAGUUCUCCAAUGGUACCUUCAAUCAUACUGCUUAUAAUCCUUUAUAUUGCGAUGAGUGCGAGUGGCAUUCAUAUACCUAUGAGGGUACACCAUGGGAGUAUUCCUUUGUUAUCCCCCAUGACAUGGAGACACUAAUUGGUCUCAUGGGCGGCCCUGAUACUUUCGAGUCUCGCCUCGACCUGAUGUUUAAACCAAAUAUGUCUGUCCAGGACCUAGGUCCAAAUGGUGCCGGUAUCACAACACUGAUCAACAUCGGGAAUGAACCAGACUUUGCUACACCCUACCUCUACAACUAUAUCAACAAGCAAGCAAAGAGUGUACAGAGAUCCCGCAGUCUCGGAUAUCAAUAUUUUAAAGAUGCAGCCUAUGGUGUACCGGGAAACAGUGAUGCUGGGGCAAUGAACACUUGGCUCCUAUGGCAGAUGCUUGGGAUUUACCCCGUUGUCACGCAGCCCGUGUAUCUGAUCUCGUCUCCCUGGUUCCCUGACCUCAACAUGACUAUCAAUGGGAAUCACACGCUGCGAAUAACCGCAACAGGAUUGGACCAGGGAUAUUAUGUGCAAAGUGUGAAGCUCAACGGCCAACCCUGGCAAAAGAACUGGUUCGAGCACGAAGACCUCAUGGAACACGGUGGCAUCCUUGAGUUUGAGCUUGGCCCUGAGAUGAGAGCAUGGGAGACCGGCAGAGUACCUCCAUCGCCAGGACACUUGAAGGUGUAA